AGCCGUCUAAUAUCCCUCUCGCGCGGAGCAGGUGCAGCUUCUAGAGACCCCAAGCAAGGCGAGGAAGGUUCUCGUUUGUUUGAAAGGAGAUUUAGGGUUUAUUGGUAUCUCUCUGAAACUAGUAGCUAAACCGUAAUCACAAUGGAGGGCGUAACAGAGGGCGUGAACAACUUGAACAUCACAGAUUCGGCUUCAGCCAACAAGAAAAAUCGUAUUCAAGUCUCUAACACCAAAAAACCCCUCUUUUUCUACGUUAAUCUAGCCAAGAGAUACAUGCAGCAACACAAUGAAGUCGAACUCUCUGCUCUUGGAAUGGCUAUAGCAACAGUUGUAACCAUUGCUGAGAUCUUGAAGAAUAAUGGGCUGGCUGUUGAGAAGAGGAUCAUGACUUCCACUGUUGACAUGAGGGAGGAAACAGGAGGCCGACCUGUGCCAAAAGCAAAGAUUGAAAUAUUGCUAGGAAAGACAGAAAAGUUUGAUGAGUUGAUGGCUGCUGCUACAGAGGAAGUGAUAGAUAAUGAUGAGCAGAGCUGAGCUUUAAAGAACAAAUUCAGUUUGUCUCUCGAGUUACGGCUGAAAUCUGUGAACAUCAUAAGUUCAUUGUGAACAUCUGUAGCAAACUGUUUGAGAUUGGAUUUUAUCAAGUUUGUUAGCUGUUAUUAUAGGAGGUUUUGUAAAAACAGUGCACUUUGCUAUUCAAUUCCAAAUCGUUUCCAGGCUCUAUUCAAGUUAA